AAACUAUGAAGCGCUUAAUGUCUGAAGAUUAAUUACGAACAUCAAACCACAUAAGAUUACGUAUUUUUAAAUCAGUGCAAGUGGAAUUAUAUUCAUAUAAACUGAUUCAAAUGAACAUGCUUUAAUUACAAUUUAAAAACUAAAGGAUUCCGCUCUAACAAUAUGGAAGAAAGAAAUAAUUAUGAUUAUGGAAUCAAAUCAACUUUAGCUCAAUGCUGGGCUAUAUCAGGAGCUUGGUUAUUGCAAAUUGAUCUCGGCCUACAAGUCAUAACAUCCACAAUAGUCAUAGGUGCCUUAGAAAACAACAGGCCCAAAAACAAAAAUGAGUUUUUGACCAUAACAAGCGAAGAAGCAUCUUGGUUCGGUAGUCUGCAAUAUUUAUUCACACCUCUGGGAAAUUUUUUUUCUUUGGUUUUGUUGGACCGUCUUGGUCACAAGAAGUGUAUGAUACUGACAACCAUACCAUGCCUAGGAGCUCAGAUCAUACUGUAUUACGCCAAAAAUAUAGAAAUGCUGUACGUCAGCUCAAGUAUGAUGGCACUGAGCAUAGGGUUUCUGAACCCCCCGAGUCUUGGUUACACCGGGGAAGUGUGCGAUCCGAAACUAAGAGGCACCUUGACUUCGUCAAUGAAUAUAUUUUACUACGUGGGAACCAUAAUAUUGACUAUGAUGUACAGUAUUACCAAGCAAUGGAGGUUGACGAUGAUAGUGGCAACAGUGUUUCCAAUUUUAACCAUUAUUAUAUUAUUAACGGCACCAGAAUCUCCGAUGUGGUUAUUGGCCAACGGAAAACAUUUAAAAGCACACCGAAAUCUCCGCAGAUUGAGAGGAAAAGUAUCGCACGAAAAAUGUGAAAAUGAAUUUCAAGAAAUGAUUAAAUACAGUGUGCCCGCUAAAAGUGACAAACCUAAUCAUAACAAUAAUACAAAUGAUUGGAAACAACUUUUUAAACCCGAAGUACUAAGACCAUUUCGUUUAAUGAUGAUGUAUUUCUUCUUCAAGAAUUUAUUUUCUGUAUUACCAUUAUUACCAUAUUUAGUAUCAAUAUUUAAUAAAUUUGGCGCACCCGUAAACGUCGAAUGGACAAUAUCAUUUUCGAUGAGCCUUUGUAUAGCGGGAAGUGUAAUGGCAGUUUUUCUAAUACGUAUAUUGGGCAAAAGAUUACUAACGUUAUUUUCGUUAUCGGUUUGCUCCGUUUGCUAUAUAAUCAUUGGACUAAUCGGUGUUAAUUGGACAAAUACGGAACCAUUAAAAUCUUGGAUAGUACUUAUACUUUUUCUUACUAAUAAUUUAAUUUCAUCGGCUGGAUUAACGCCAAUCGCAUGGACACUUCUCACUGAAGUAUUUCCUGCAAAGAGCAAGAACAUUGCAUGCAACCUUAGUACAGCAUCAUUCUUUGUGAUCACCUUCUUCAUGACAAAAUUUUACCCAGAAUUGUCAAUAUUAGUGGAAUUUUAUAAUGUAUUUACUAUAAAUGGCAUAAUUGGUUUAUUUGGCUGUAUAUAUUUCUAUUUUUGUUUACCAGAAACCGAAAACAAAACCUUACAAGAAAUUUCCGAGUUUUUCAAAUAGAAUUCAAAGCUCAAAUUUAAAAUUUAUUUUCUUCAUUAUAUAACAGUCUCAGUAAGGUUUGCUCUAGCAAAGACAAUUUAGAACAGAUUUUUAUUUUCAGAAUUUUUUUUUUAUUAUUGAUUAUUUGUUAUUGUUCAUGUAAUUUACGUUUUUUCGUACGUUUCUGAUAAUUUUAACCUGUAAAUAAAGUCCAUUUUAAAUUUUAAUUUUUCCUCACACGAUUCAUUCAAUGUAUGUAUUUAUCAAAAUUGUGAAAUUUCGUUGUAUGAUAUAUUUUAAUUGUCGUUUAUAAUUAUUAAAUAGUUUAUCUUUAAAUUAUAUUCUGUCAUUUCAAAAUUCAAAGACGUAACUGCUGAAUGUGAAAUUGAGUUUUAAUAGUAUAAUAUAUAAGUACAUUAUUAAAAUGUUACGGAAUAAAUAUCAAUAACAUUAAUAUAAAAGUUGAGUUUUUUUCACUCAUCUGUAGGCAGGGCUUGAUCCGUUAUCAAAAUUAUUAAAAUAAUUAAAAAACUUUUGAUACCUGUUACCGGCUUAAAACCGGUCCUUUCGUUAGCGGUAACCCAUUACCGGUACUAUACAGAGUGAUUCUUUUAUCAUUGAACACUCAUUAUUUCAAGAAGUGUAAAUGUUUUGAAAAUAUUAUUUUACAUAGUUUCAAGUUGGUACAUAACAACGUUUUUAUUAAAAAAUUAUAUUUUCAAAUAUUUUUUAUCCUUACAUUUAUGUUUAAAAUUUUCGUAUAUAGUGGGUUGCAAUAAUUUUAUAAAAUAGAAUUUAAAACUCAAAUGUAAAAUUUCUUUUCUUCAUUAUAUAACAGUCUCAGUGAGUUUUGCUCUACCAAAGACCAUUUAGGGAACAGAUAUUGUCCACACUUAUAAUUUUUUUUUUUUUAUCGAUUUGUUUUUUUUCAUAUAACUUAAGUUUUUUUGUACGUUUCUGGUAUAUUUAACCUGUAAAUUAAGUCUAUUUUAAAGUUAAUUUUUCCUGAUACAGGGUUUUUAUAUACCUUUGUCGUUUAUAUGUAUUAAAUAGUUUAUAUUUCAAAAAUAUACUGUCAUGUCAGAGCAAUGACGUAAACUGCUAGAUGUAAUAAUUGAGUUUUAAUAAUUUAUUAUAAGCCGUAAAUAUAUAAUAUAAUAUACCUUAUUAAAAUGU